AUGUAUUUUACAUUCUUUCUUUCUUUCUUUUCUUUCUUUCUUUUCUUUCUCCUUUUCUUUAUUUCUUUCUUUUCUUUUCUUUCUUAUUUCUUUCUUUCUUUCUUUCUCUUUCAAGGCGGAAGCUUUUUAUUUCUUUUUUUUUUCGUUUCUUUCUCCUUUACUUUCUUUCUUUCUUUCUUUCUUUCUUUCUUUCUCCUUUUCUUUUCUUUCUUUCUUUCUUUUCUUUCAACAGUUUUCUUUCUUCUCUUCCCUUUCAUUCUUAUUUUCCACGGUUUCUUUCCUUUUCUUUCUUUCUUUCGCUUUUCUUUCUUUCUUUAUUUCUUCUUUUCUUUCUUUCUUUCUUUCUUUUUCUUUCUCCUCUUCCCUUUCAUUCUUAUUUUCUUUCGUUUCUUUCUCGCUUUACUUUCUUUCUUUUCUUUCUUUCUUUUUUCUUUCUUUUUCUUUCUUUCUUUCUUUUCUUUCUCCUCUUCCCUUUCAUUUCUUAUUUUCUUUCGUUUUCUUUCUCAACAAAAUUUCUUUCUUUUUCUUUUUUCUUUCUUUCUCGUAUUUUCUUUCUUUCUUUCUUUUUUCUUUCUUUCUUUCUCCUCUUCCCUUUCAUUUCUUAUUUUCUUUCGUUUCUUUCUCCUUUUACUUUUCUUUUUUUUUUUCUCCUUUUCUUUCUUUCUUUCUUUCUUUCUUUCUUUCUCCUCUUCCCUUUCAUUCUUAUUUUCUUUCGUUUCUUUCUCGCUUUACUUUCUUUCUUUCUUUCUUUUCUUUCUCUUUUUUCUUUCUUUCUUUUCUUUCUUUCUUUCUUUUUCUUUCUUUUCUUUCUUUACUUUUUUCUUCCCUUUCUUGCUUAUUCUGAUUUUCUUUCGUUUUUUCUUUCUCAUUAAAACUUUCUUUCUUUAUUUCUUUCUUUCUCAUUUUUGUUUUGUUUCUUUCUUUUUCUUUCUUUCUUUCUUUCUUUCUCCUCUUUCCUUUCAUUCUUAUUUUUCUUUCGUUUCUUUCUCCUUUCUUUUUUUUUCUUUCAAUUUUCUCCUUUUCUUUCUUAUUUCUUUACUUUCUCCUCUUCCCUUUCAUUCUUAUUUUCUUUCGUUUCUUUCUCCUUUUUACUUUCUUUCUUUCUUUCUUUCUUUUCCUUUUCUUUCUUUCUUUUCUUUCUUUCUUUCUUUCUUUCUUUUUUUUCUUUCUUUCUUUCUUUUUCUUUCUCCUUUCCCUUCUUUUUCUUUUUUUUCUUUUUUUCCAUUUCUUUCUUUUACUUUAUAUUUCUUUCUUUCUUUUCUUUCUUUUCUUUCUUUUCUUUUCUUUUUCUUUUCUUUUCUUUCUUUCUUCCCUUUUCUUUCUUUCUUUCCUUUCUACACCUUUCUCCUCUUCCUUUCAUUCUUUCUUUUCUUUCGUUUCUUUCUCCUUUUACUUUCUUUCUUUCUUUAUUUCUUUCUUUCUUUUCUUUUCUUUCUUUUUCUUUUUUCUUUUAUUUCUUUCUUUUUCCUCUUCCCUUUCAUUCUUAUUUUCUUUCGUUUCUUUCUCGCUUUACUUUCUUUCUUUCUUUCUUUCUUUCUUUCUUUCUUUCUCGCUUUUCUUUCUUUCUUUCUUUCUUUCUCCUCUUCCCUUUCAUUCUUAUUUUCUUUCGUUUCUUUCUCGCUUUACUUUCUUUCUUUCUUUCUUUUUCUUUCUUGCUUUUCUUUUUCUUUCUUUCUUUCUUUACUUUCUCCUCUUCCCUUUCAUUCUUAUUUUCUUUCGUUUCUUUCUCGCUUUACAUUCUUUCUUUCUUUCUUUCUUUCUCGCUUUUCUUUCUUUCUUUCUUUCUUUCUUUCUUUCUUUCUUUCUUUCUUUCUUUACUUUCUCCUCUUCCUUUCUUUUCUCUUUUUUCUUUCGCUUUUCUUUCUUUUCUUUCUUUCUUUCUUUCUUUCUUUCCAUCUUUCUUUCUCCUUUCUUUCUUUCUCCUUUUCUUUCUUUCUUUCCUUUCUCCUCUUCCCUUUCAUUCUUAUUUUCUUUCCUUUUCUUUUUCUUUUCUUUCUUUCUUUCUUUCUUUCUUUCUUUUACUUUCUCCUCUUCCCUUUCCUUUCUUAUUUUCUUUCGUUUCUUUCUCGCUUUUCUUUCUUUCUUUCUUUCUUUCUUUCUUUCUUUCUUUCUUUCUCGCUUUACUUUCUUUCUUUCUUUCUCGCUUUUCUUUCUUUCUUUCUUUCUUUCUUUACUUUCUCCUCUUCCCUUUCAUUCUUAUUUUCUUUCGUUUCUUUCUCGCUUUACAUUCUUUCUUUCUUUCUUUCUUUCUUUUUUUCUCGCUUUUCUUUUUCUUUCUUUCUUUCUUUACUUUCUCCUCUUCCCUUUCAUUCUUAUUUUCUUUCGUUUCUUUCUCGCUUUUCUUUCUUUCUUUCUUUCUUUCUUUCUUUCUUUCUCGCUUUUCUUUCUCGCUUUUCUUUCUUUCUAUAUAUUUAUUUUAUUUCUUAA